UACUUUCUCAGCUUCUCCUUUGGUAAAGAUUCAUAGUUAAAUCAUUGUCCUUGUAAUGAAGAGAUCUUCAUUACUGGGACUAUUUUACAUAUAUAGCACUGUAUGGCACUUAAAAAGGUAUUUUUGCACUUUAUUUAGCAUUUGCACUUUAAGCAGAGAUUUGCACAACAAUAAAUUUGCACACAAGAAGGUUUAAUUAUAUUUAUUGAGCAUUAUUAUGUAGCCUUUGUUUUGGGCUCUGCACGGCUGCUCCUCAUUGAUGGGUGAGGUUGGUUGCUGUUGCCUUUGGAGGAGCAUAAUUAUUACUCAGAGCAAUGAGCUAAUGGUGAGGAAAAAACUAAGCAAAUGUGUGCAUAAUCUGUUGAGUGUGGAGUGCUGUGGUAAAGUGACUCACCUGUCUUUUCUGUGUCCUCUCCAGGGUGUUUGGACAAAUUCUACCCCGGGGGUCCAGACGCCAUAUAUAGAUUCUGGGAGAGGCCAUUGAAAGGACUAGGGGGGGAAUUGUUUGUGGGGUGUGGUGUUUAUUUAAGGUGUAAUGAUAAAAUAGAAAAACUGCUGCUGUUCUCCACCUGACUCUGGCUCAAGACUCAUGCUCACUAAACGACAAAUCCAACCGCUAAAGGUCGUCCUGUUACAGUCCUGUUAAAUUCAGUAAGACUUCCUUUUCACACUUAAUAGUUGUGACUAAUUAUGGAGAUGCCUCUGAGUCCUGAGGACAUAUUGGAGAUGGACCCAGUACAGGUUUUGGGACAUGAAGGAAGCCAAAAUGAUGUAGCUUCUGUUCAAACAUCUAACAUUCUGAGUUUUCUCAAGAAAAAUGCUUUUGUAUUUCUCACAGUGACCGCAGUUGCCAUAGGAAUUGGCCUGGGCUUUGCUCUGCGACACAUUAAUAUGUCUGCACAGGAAAUUCAAUACUUAAUGUUUCCUGGAGAGAUGCUGAUGAGGAUCCUGCAGAUGUUGGUGCUUCCACUCAUCGUUUCCAGCCUGAUUGCAGGCCUGUCAGGUGUAGACAGAAAGGCUUAUGGGCGGAUCGGUCUGAGAGCCUUCAGUUAUUAUUUAGUCACCACUGUUAUUGCUGCGUUCACCGGCAUUGCCUUGGCUGUCCUCGUCCAGCCUGGGAAGUCGUCCAAGCGUACGGCAGAGCCCUCUGGUGGUACGGCAGAAGCUGUGCAGAGUGUGGAUGCUUUCCUGGAUCUGAUCAGAAACAUGUUCCCAUCAAAUGUGGUGGAAGCUUGUUUCAGAAAGUAUAAGACAGAAUAUUCCAGCGGUGAUUCAUCAGGAGGGUAUCUGAGUGUCUCCAAUGAGACUGAGAAAACACCAGUGCCAGGGACUGCAGAUGGCAUCAAUGUUUUGGGUCUGAUGGUGUUCUCUGUCACUUUUGGCCUCAUCCUGAGUUCCAUGGAGACAAAGGGAAAGCCUCUGAGGGAUUUCUUUAUCUGCCUGAAUAAAGCCAUUAUGCUUCUGGUUAAUGUAAUCAUAUGGUAUUCGCCAGUGGGAAUCAUAUUCCUGCUAGCAGGACAGGUUGUGAAGAUGACAGACGCAGAAGAGAUUGGUCGUGAAGUUGCCAUGUAUACUCUCACUGUGAUCGCCGGUUUGAUAAUCCACAGCCUCUUCACUCUUCCCCUCAUCUAUUUCACGGUGACACGAAAGAAUCCCUUGAAGUUUAUUGGAGGUCUCCUCCAGGCUCUGACCACUGCCUUUGGGACGUCAUCCAGUUCUGCAACCCUGCCUGUUACCUUUCAUUGUAUGGAGGGGAAUCACAACAUGGACAAACAAGUGACACGCUUUAUGCUCCCUAUCGGAGCCACAAUGAACAUGGAUGGAGCGGCCCUCUAUGAAGCAGUGGCUGCUUUAUUUAUUGCCCAGGUCAAUAACAUGGAUUUAAACUUUGGACAAAUCCUUGUCCUCAGUUUAAUUGUCACAGCGGCAAGCACUGGUGCAGCUGGCAUCCCUCAGGCUGGAAUGGUAUCCAUGGUGAUUGUGUUGGCGUCAGCUGGACUGCCCACUGAAGAUAUAUCACUGCUCAUGAUUGUUGACUGGAUUCUGGAUCGUCUAAGGACUGCCACCAAUGUGCUGGGUGACUGUAUUGGUGUUGGUGUCGUGCAGCAUCUUUCCAGACAUGAGCUGUAGAGCUUUGGUCUGUCAGGGCCAACCAUUGUGAACUUAAGUUCCCCCUUCUGAGCUACACACGGUGAUUCAACUAACUCCUGUUUUUGGUACAUGAUUUGAAGCUCUUGCACCAUCUGCUGGAGGGAGGGUCAAGGUGCCAGUGACCCACUUUCAGGUUGAAAAGAACAGUUAGCACAUUACAAUUUGGGUUUGUGAUUGAAAAAACAAAUGAAUAUGUAACUAAAGCACAAAUGGAUUUGUGUUUGACCUUAAAAAUAAUUAUGUAUGUCACAGUGAAUAAAAAGAAACCUAAAAGCACUUAAAAUCAGCUUUCAGUUGGAGUGUGCUGUACUUCCCUCUCCAUCUCUUCCCCUUUUUGUUCCUUUUUUUCUCUUUUUAUUUUAUUUUUUUCUCUUUUUGCCGGUUCUGCA